UGGUCUCGCGGUGGAGGGCACCCGGAACUUCAAGUCUUCAACCCUAGGCGACCGGCGGCGGCGCGGCGUCGCGGCUCGCGGUGACUCCGGCGAGGCGGACUGGCGGAGGCGGAGCCGCGGAGGCGAGCAGUAGGCGAGGUCGUGCGGCCUGCGGCGGGGCGGCGUCGCGGCGAGCUGCGGCGGACCGGCGAGGCGGAGGCGAGGCGAGGCCGCGAGGGCGCGCCGGCGCGGUGGCCUGCUCCCUGCUGCCCUGCUGGCUGCAGGCUGCUGCUGCCUGCGUGGAGCCGGAGAGGGCUGCGGCGCGGCGAGGCGGAGGCGAGGGCGCGCCGGGCGCCGGCGCGGUCCGCGGUGGCCUGCUGCCCAGUGGCCAGUGCCAGUUCGCUGGUCGCUGGCCGCGCGGAGCCAGUGCCCCGUGGCCAGUGCCAGUUCGCUGGUUGCUCUGUUCUGUUCAGUUUAGUAUUGCUUGGUUUACAAAAUGAAGAACAAAUCAAAAUCGGUUGAUUUGAGGACUUUGUGGGAUAGAGCAGCAAAAACAAGAAAAGUGGAAUUAGGAUCUACAUCAGUGCCACAACUAGUUACAGUGGGGAGUAAUGCUCAGGCUCAGGAAUCUGUUACACCAGUAACUAAUGAGAGUCAAGUUCAGAAUCAAACCAAUCCAAAUACAGAAGCAACAGAACUUGAGAUAGCAAGUACAGAAGCUGAACGGAUGUCACCUGAGAUAGGUAGCAAUGAGCCUAAUAUAGCAGCGACAGAACCUACUACUCUCUCCCCUAUCAGAGAUGGUGAUGACUCAGAUUAUGACUAUGAAUCAAGUGAUGAAGCUAUUUAUGACAUUGACCUUCUUCCUCAUGAUCCCGAAAAGAGGCUUCCCAUCAAAAGGUAUAAUGUUAAUGAAAGAAAUUCAGUGAUCAGGGGAUACAUUGCAAAAGGGCCUUGUCAACCAUGGAGUCAUGAUUUUCCUACAAGAUACAUUGGAGGUAAGCCUCGACGUUUCCUGCCUGAUUGGUUUGGUGAAUUCACAUGGAUUGAAUAUAGUGUCGAAAAAGAUGCAGCAUUUUGUUUUGUCUGUUAUUUGUUCAAGCAUAAAACUAAUAGUUCUGGUGGAGAUGCUUUUGUGAGUGGUGGAUUUAGAAAUUGGCAUAUGAAAAAGAGGAUUACUAAACAUUGUGGUUCCAAGACUAGUUUCCACAGAAUGGCCCUAGAGAGAUAUAAUUCCUUCAUUACACCUAAGAAAGCAAUUGAUGAUAAGUUCACUAAGAUAAAUGAUAAGGAUAAGACUAAGUACAUGGCUCGUUUGUCCUAUUCUAUUCAAUGUGCUAAGUACCUUCUACGCCAAGGUUUAGCUUCUCGUGGACAUGAUGAAAGUCAAAGUUCACUUAACAAGGGAAAUUUCUUAGAGUUGAUAGAUAUGCUAGCUGAAAACUUUGAAGAGGUUGCAAAGGUGGUUUUGAAGAAUGCCCCAAAGAAUUGUCAGUUGACUGCUCCUCAAAUUCAAAAAGAGAUAGCUAAUUGUUGUGCCAAAGAAACAACUAAGCUUCUCAUGGAAGACCUUGGUAGUGAUUUUUUUUUCAAUUCUUGCUGAUGAAUCUAGUGAUGUUUACCAAAAUGAACAACUAGCUCUUUGUUUGCGGUAUGUUGACAAAAAGGGAAGCAUAGUUGAGAGGUUCCUAGGUGUUGUCCAUGUGGAAAACACUACUUCUUUGACACUUAAAACUGCAAUUGAGAAACUAUUGAUGGAACAUUCAUUGAUCUUGUCUAUGGUCCGUGGGCAAGGCUAUGAUGGGGCUAGUAACAUGAAUGGUCAUGCUAAUGGUCUAAAGAAACUUAUUAUGGAUGAUUGUUCGUCUGCUUACUAUGUCAAUUGCUUUGCACAUCAACUUCAGUUAACUCUUGUGGAAGUUGCUAGGGAAAACCCAGACUGUGUUUGGUUCUUCGAUCAAGUUAGAUUUUUAUUGAACCUUAUUGGGAAUUCUUGUAAGAAGACACAAAUGCUUCGAGUAGCACAAGCUCAGAGCAUUGUAGAAGCACUAGAAUUGGGUGACAUUGAAACUGGAAAGGGUUUAAAUCAAGAAAUGGGUUUGGCAAGGCCUGGAGAUACUCGUUGGGGAUCUCAUUAUAAAACUGUUAUGCAUCUUAUAUCUUUGUAUCCUUCAAUUCAGAAAGUUCUCAUAAAGGUUGGUGAUGACCACUCUCAAAAAACUGAGUGUGCACAUGCACAAACAAUGUUGACAAUAUUUAGGUCAUAUGAGUUUGUUUUCAUGGCACACUUGAUGCAAAUAGUACUAGGGUUCAGUGCGGACUUGAAUCAUGCCUUGCAGAAGAAGGAUCAAGAUAUUGUCAAUGCAGUAGAACUCAUUUCUUUGACCAAGCUGCAAUUGCACGGGUUGCGGCAAGAUAUUGGGUGGGAGGAUUUUCUUAAAGAAGUGGACUCAUUUUGUGUCAAGAAUAAAAUCAAAAUUCCUAAUAUGGACACAUUCUAUAGGCCUGUUGGAAGAGAUAGGAGGUUCUUUAUCAAAAUUAAAAAUCUCCAUCGUUUCCGUGUUGAUAUGUUCUUAAGUGUCAUUGAUAGGCAGCUUCAGUAACUUGAUGACAGGUUUGAUGAGGUAAACACAGAAUUGCUUAAUUGCGGCUGCAUUCAGUCCCCUCAAUUCAUUUGCUGCUUUUGACAAAGACAAAUUGGUUAAGCUUGCUGGAUUUUAUCCUAAUGAUUUCACAAGCUUAGAGUUGCUCCACCUACCUGCUCAACUCAAUUUGUACAUUACUGAUAUGCAUAAUGAUGAAAGGUUUGCAAAUGUGAGAAGUCUUGCUGAGCUUUCUGUUAAGCUUGUUGAAACAAACAAGAUUGGAAGACAUGCAGUUGUUUACAGGCUUCUAAAAUUGGUGCUAGUGCUUCCAGUGGCAACUGCAAGUGUUGAAAGAGUCUUUUCAGUGAUGAAUUUUGUGAAGAACAAACUGAGAAAUAAGAUUGGGGAUCAAUACUUGAAUGAUUGUUUGGUUACAUUUAUUGAGCGGGAGUUCUUUCUACAAGUUAAGGACAAAGACAUCAUCAACCGCUUCCAAACCAUGAAGAAUCGUAGGAUUAAAGCAACAUUAUAAUAUUUGUAAGUUCUCUUAAUCUCUAUGAAAUAUCAGUUUGUUUCAUGCAUAUUUUUGAGAUGAUUAGCUGAACAGUUUGUCAUUCAACUAUUUUUGUGACUUUAAUUAUUUAUGGGAAUACCCAAGUUUUGAAUCCUGGCUCCGCCACUGCUUAUAUGGAGUUGCAGUCCCAAAUAGUGGCUCAAAUAGUGGCAAAGGAAGGAUUCCCUUGUUCCUUCAAAGGAUGCUAGCACAAGGUUAGGUCGAUGUCCUAGCAUCUUAUCAGGUGGACUGAACUCUUUUGCAAGUUUAUGUGUAAGACCAUACCAAACUCCUAGAGGAUCGUCAUGAUAGAGUCCAAGUCAUCCUUGAUUGGAUUAAUGAAGAUCGCCACAUUGUCAGCAUACAAAGAGGUCCUCCACAUGGUCAUGACUAAGGGUAGCGGAGAGAGGAUGUCUUGCGUUGUUGCCAUGUCCAGCAGGUGUUGUAGCGGGUCCAUUGCGAGUAUUAACACAUGGGCGAUAGAUGCUUGCCUUGUCGGACCCCUCUCAUUUGACUGAAGGAUGGACCGUGCUGAUCAUUUAGCAGCACUCUCGAUGAUGUUGUGCGGAAAAGGAUCGAUACCCAUUCUUGCCAGUGCGGUCCAAAACUUAAAGCCUGCAGCACUUCCAAGAGGUAGCUCUAGUUGACUAUAUCAAAAGCUUUGUGGUUGUGGAUGUCAAGUUUCGUGACAACAAGGGCAGCUUCAUUUUUUUUUGCAUUAUCUAUACUGUGUUUUGAACAUAUAGAAAUUUACCGUGGAUGCUCCUCCUUUUAAUGAAAGUGUUUUGGCAUUUCGAGACUAGGGAGUCAAGCAGAGGCGCCAGCCAGUUGUGAGAAGUUUGGUGAAGAUCUUUGCUAUGCUAUGAAUGAGACUGAUUGGGCGGUAACCUGUAACUCGCAAGGCAUCCCUUUUCUUCGGGAGUAAUAUGAUGUUUGCCAUAUUCAGUAGCUCAAACCCUUGAAAGUUUAGCACCAGGCUGUUCAAUGUAACCGUAACAUCGCCCUUGAUGAUGUCCCACCAGGCUUUGAAGAUCUGCUGACUUUUAUAAAUUUUGUUUUAAUCGAUCCAAAUUUGAUUCUUUUUUAUUA